AUGAAGCUAUUCACAAAGCAGCUGACUGAUAAUGAAGUCUGCGAAUUGGAGCCGACUGUGAUUCGUCUGGUUCGCAUCUCUGCCAAGUUCAGACAGCUCGUUAGCGCAUUUGCAUUUUACCUAAGCUCUCCCGAAAGUCCAUUUCCACCUGGACAUCUGCGUCAUGCUGCCGCCCGUUUUCAAGUGAAGACCUGCGAGGCCGCUCCAUCCGUCCAAUAUUGCCCUGAUGUCAUCUCGUGUUCGAGGCGGCCAGAAGCGGAGAAUGUUGGUCUUUGGAUUGCAGAAGCCGUUUGGGACAACCGAGGAGACCGUAACCGACGUUGCGGUGGGGAGGAUGAAAUAGCUCACAAGCGUAAGGGUCUGUCUGAGAGUGCUGUUUUCCAAAAGAGAGCGCGGAGCAGAUUUCGCCGGGAAAACGUCGACGAGACAUUGAGAUCCGUUAAUGAUUAUGUACUUGCCCCCAAGGAUAGCUAUGAUGGUCUUGAGGAUAAUGGCGGCGGUCUCGGUGGCUCCUCUGACCAGGAUUCUGAAGAUGACGAUGACUGGGCUACAGAAGAUCUGGGACCACUACAGCCCAAGAUAGAUCCUAGAGAUGGGAAUGGGAACCACCAGUUGAUUUGGGGAAGAAAAGCAUCCAUGACGACUUUUGCCGUGACGAGGCUUAUCACUGCCAUUGAGAAAAGCACCAAGUAUACCGGAGUGCUCAUCCUAUCCGGCUGCAUAUGCUGUCCCGGUGCCAUCUGAAUAUGCUCAUGGUCUCCAUGGUCCGGAUUUGGUCGCGCCGCCAUGCCGUCGUGCUCCUGGUCUCGUUCCCGCCGGUCAUUCCGGAUACCUUGGAGUUCCAGGUUCAUGUCGUUGACGAGUGGUUCCAUCAAGACUAUUACAGCUCUGCCACAAGUAGUGCGACUUUGGCGAGGUUUAAAGUCCGCUUCUGUCCGCCGCGCUAGAAAUUCGUGGCCUGCAAGUGAUAGGAUCGAUAUGGUUGAAUAAAAGGAAGCCUGGCAUGGUGAGAUUACGAGGUGCAGGUGAGAUGCGGCUUAUCUAAGAUACUUUACUUAGUAAAUAAUUGCUGUGCCUCUCACUGGACAAAAGUCCUUAGGCCAAGGGAUGGCCAACCUGCGUAAGUAAGGUAGCUCAAUGAACGGUUGGCUGAAAGGAUAAGGUUAGACAAGGUUAGUCACGUCCAUUGUGAUCG